AUGAAAAUCACACCUCGAAAGUCAGGAACCCCGUACUAUGCGCCCUACCAAACACGCGCAAGGAAUAUCCAACCUUCUGCCAUGGCCACUCCCAGUCCCACUAUCACCGACGCCGAUGGUGAUGUCGACAUGUUUCUACUCCAAGCCCAGCUAGGCAUCACCUCGCCAAGCUUCACGGAAUUCUAUUAUACACCGGGCGAUGACAGCAGCACAAAACCGGAGCUUUGUGGAGGUUAUGUUGCUAGCAGAAACCCGACUACACCUCGUAGGAUGCCGAAAGAUUUGAUUUACCCCACCAUCGAGGUGGCCAUAUCGCCCUCCACCAAAGGAUCCGAGACUGAUGAGGCAGAUUUCGAUGAGGAUGACGACUCCGAGAUCGAUUACGAUGAUGACAGCGCCGACGAUGAGGAUGUUGACGACAACCGGGGUUAUCACAACGGCCGCACACCAGCCACCAGCAAGCUCUUGACACGCGGGUCGUCUCGUAAUCCGGCGUAUAGCAGCAACAGUAACUGGGACCAAUAUGAAGAAGUCUCUCGCCACCUGGUAGACUAUGCUAAGGUCAUAAAGAAUGUCUCUGGAUACGAGGAGUGGAAUGAGGAGCAGCGCCACCUCCAUAAACUCAUCUUUUUGAGAGGUCUUCACCCGGUGAUGCCAGCUUCAUGGCGAUGGAGCUUCAAGAUGUGGGGUAUUGCUGAGGGCAACCUUACCCAAGUCUUCGCGCCAGAUGAUAGCAGGAAGGAGGUUAUCAUCAAGGCCUAUGGGAACGAACUUGCUGCCUGUAAAGCACUCGAAGCGGUGUUCCUUUGCACCCAGCACAUCUUAGACUUUGAGAGGCUCGGUCAACGCGAACUGAUGGGACCAUACACCGCCAAAGUCAUCAGUCGCUAUUGGAAAUGGGCUUUGAAAGAUGCGGGGUUGGACAAGUGCAAGUUUUCUCCGCUGCUUCUAGUGCUGGAGUACGAAUACGACCGCAGGAAAGAUUUUGCCCAGGAGCUUUCUGCUAGUGUGAGGAAGAGGGUUGAGGAAGCUGCCCAGCGUUGGUGCGAGGUGCUCAUGAACGAGGACACUGGGGGGUACGUUGCGGAACCGCCCACCAUUUUUAUUUUCACCGUGGUUCAGCACACCCUCGUGCUGUCCACUUACGAUGCUGCAUCGCCAGAGCAAGGUGUCGUACAGAUCGAAGAAGUGAAGUUCAACGCGAGAGGGCUUUGGCUCUGGAACUCACUCACCGUCGCCAUUGCCGUGCACAUGGCUCGGGAUACAUUGGUGCGGGCACGGAAAUAUGGGUUCAUUCGCGAAUCCGGUCGCAAAAGGGGCAAGAAGGCUGAGAAGGAUCCUGACGCUUGA